AUGAAUACUAAAUCUACUUCUCUUUAUGUAGGUAGCAAAUAACUUAGUCAAAAGUAAAUACGUUCACCACUCAAAAAAAAGUCUAUGAUAUUUAAGUAAAAUUCAGAUGAAGAAGAUAAUCAAUCAGAAGAUGAAAAAAUGGAAGUUAUUAAUCUUAAUUACUUUAAAGCUAAGAAACAUUAAAAAAACUUUAAUUUAUAACAAAUGCUUUAAUAAGGUAAAAUGGCUGAAGAUGAAGUUGAUCAUAAUCCACAUUUUCCUAGUCCUACUAUUAAUACUAAAUUAAUACAUAAUAUAUUCUAAAUUUAUCAUUCUGAUAAAAAAGAAAUUUUAAUUGAAAAUAAAAUACAUGGAACUGCUGAAAAAAUAUCAAAACAAACAAAUUAAAAACUUGUCAAUUAAAUCUUAUUCAAUAAAAUGAGAUAAAAAAGAGUUGUCUCAUAACAUGAAUUAAAUAAUUCAACAACCAAUGUAUUUCAAAGUUUUAAGAAUCUCUCUUCAAUGUUUAAAAGUGUAAAUCAAAUUGUUGAUUAUCAUGCUGUUGCUAAUUAAAUUAGAUAAUCAUAAGCACAAAUCACUAUUAAUAAGGAAGAACAUAGAAAUUUAGAAAGAUAAUAAUUUAAUUUCAAUUAUAUUAUUGAAGGCAGAUUAAAUUAAAUUAAAUUAUUUAGCUAAGAAAUUUAUUAAUAUUAAAUCAAUUUAUAAAAAUUAAGAAUGGAAAAUUGUAAAUUAAGAGAUCAUGUAAUCAAAUUAGGUGAUGAAAUUGAUCAAAUUAAAUCUAAAUAUAUUAAAUAAAGACAAUUAGCAUUCAAUUAAGAAGAUAAACUUCAUCCUAAUAAAAAAUGGGAUAAAUAAUAAUAUUUUUAGGCUAUAGAUUAAAAUGAAUAAAUGGAAUUAGCUAGAAUCAAAACAUUUUAUAUGGAAUAUUAAUAAUAAUUAUAAUUUAAUCAGACCUAAUUAAAAAAAGAAGAAGAAAUGUUACAAGAUAUAAAAUAUAAUAAAAAAUAAAUCAAAUAAGAUUUGGCAGAGUUUUUAAAAUCAGUCUUACAAAGUGAAGAAAUUCAGUAACUUAUAUACUUAUCAUACAUAGAAUUUCAGGAUCUAUCAUAAUUAUUGUUAAACUAUUAAUGUAAAUUAAUGAAAGUGUGACCUAAGCUGAUUUCCCAUGCUAUCUCGAUAAUUAAUCAAGAGCCUUUCUUAUAUAAAAGGCUAAAUUAGAAAUUAAUAACGAUUAUCUAAAAUUGCAAAUUAAAGAAAACUAAAUCAAAUUAUAAUAAAAUCAAGGAAACAGAGUUAAUUAUGAGAAAAAACUUUUUUAAGUUAUGAACACUAUUCAAAAUAUGAAAAAAUAAAAAUACACUUUAAAAUCAUUGGAAUUAUAAUAAUAAAAUGAUUUAAAUUAAGACAAUUUAAGCUAAAAAUUAUCUAAUCAAUCACUCUAAAUAAAUAAUUUGGAUAAUCAAAUUAAUGAAUUAGAAGAAUUUGAAAUUUAAAGACUUCAAAUACUUUAUUAAGGAAAAUAAUUACCUAAUAGUUCUUUGUAAAAAUUAAUUAAAACAGUUCAAGCAGAAUUCGGUUAUAAACAAAUGAAUCAAAAGCUAAGCAUAAUUAUUUAAAAUUAUGAAAAUAUAAAAAGUUAAGUCAAUAAAACCAUAAAGUGA